AGCCAAGUCCCGCCUUAUUGCAGAUGUCUUGUCGCCUGUCGAAUUGAGAUAGGCCCUGAUUAGUGCUGGUAUAGAACCUCGCGUACGACGAAUCAGUUAACAGCACGUUAUAGAUGAGGUUGCACUUGGCACACAAGGAUUACUGAGAUAUCGGCGUGGGAGCCAGUUCGAGGGCAAGGGACGAAGUACAUAAGAAGGCGAACAGAGCUUCUGUUCUCAAAUCAGUCGCAGCAUCUUUCAAUCCCGACACGAUGAAGUUUCAGUCCACAUUCGCCCUCGCGCUGUCCGCGUCCGCGGCGCUUGCUCUCAGCAUUCCGAAGAGGGAGGCCGAACAGCUCUUCACGGUUGAGCUCGCGCCUGGAGAGACCAAGCAAGUGACUGAAGCCCAGAAAUGGGAGCUUCACAAUGCUGGUGUGCACUUCAUGGACAUCACCGACUACAGUGAGCUUCACGAAGCGUCGCUGAACCGGAGGGCCGUUGCAGCAACGUUCCCAGCAGCCGUAUCGCAAAAGACCAGCGUGACUCCGCUCAUCGCCAAGCUCAGCACAUCGAACAUGCAGACCAAACUCACAACAUUUUCGAACUUCCAAAACCGCUACUACAAGAGUUCGUUCGGCAAGCAAUCUUCUGAAUGGCUUCUGUCGCAAGUUCAAGCUGUAGUCACCGCAUCUGGCGUAUCAGGAGCGACGGUUCGUGCUUUCAGCCACCCAUCGUGGACGCAGAACAGCGUGAUCGCCACCAUCCCCGGCAAGAGCACCAACACGAUUGUGAUCGGUGCGCACCAAGAUAGCGUCAACGGCAACAGCCCGGCAGCAGGCCGUGCUCCUGGUGCGGACGACGAUGGCAGUGGCACAUUCACCAUCUUGGAGGCAUUGAGGGUGUUGCUGACCGAUUCACGUGUCGCGAGCGGACAGGCCCCUAACACGAUUGAGUUCCAUUGGUAUGCGGCCGAAGAGGGCGGGCUUUUGGGAAGCCAGGCUAUCUUCACCGACUACAAGAACAAGGGCAAGGUUGUCAAGGCCAUGCUCCAGCAGGAUAUGACGGGUUACGUAAAGCCCGGCGUGAAGGAGAGCGUUGGUGUCAUUACCGACUUUGUCGAUGCGGGACUCACGACUUUCAUCAAGAAGGUCAUCACUGCAUACUGCACGAUCCCCUUCGUCGAGACAAAGUGUGGCUACGCUUGCUCCGACCACGCCAGCGCCUCAAAGGCCGGUUAUCCUUCAGCCUUUGUCAUUGAAUCUGCCAUGGACGACACCAGCAAAUUUAUCCACACUGCGCAGGACACUCUUAGCACUAUCAGCUUCAGCCAUAUGCUGGAGCACGCGAAGUUGACGGUUGGUUUGGCGUAUGAACUGGGUUUCGCAACGGCUUUGUAGGGUUUCAUGUAAAGAUACUGUGGUGGAGAUUGAUCAUUUAACCCGAUAAAUCAACUGGAUUUAAGAACAGCUGAGGAGCGCAAGAGCGUCUUCAGUCAUAAAUGACAGAUUAAAUUCAACCUCGCCCCGUUCUCCAAGC